AUGUCACCAGCCGCCUCAACCCCCCAAGAACCAACCGCACCAUCUAGAUCAACGACAGACCCCUCAUCCUCAUCAACAAACACCCCGGAAUAUGACCGAGGCUUCAAAGCAGGAGUCAAAUCGCAAGAAGGCCGAAUGCAAGCUCAGAAAGAGCGAUUUAGAGCACAAGUCGACGAGCUCAAACGGGAGGUCAAGAAUCUAAGAGGAAGAGUCGAGCAAAUGGAUGGUCGAGGUCAAGAGACGGUGGGAACACCAACGACUGAGAGAAGUGAGCCGAGAAUGGGUGUCCCUCGUCGGGAAAGUAUUGGACCUAGAAUGGGUCCUGUUCGACGAGAAAGCAUUGCUGAACACGAGUUGAGAAUCAAGAAUGUCGAGCGAAGCUUUGGUAUCUAA